UAUUUAGUUUAAGAAAAUAAAUCAUAUUAAUUGGUAACUAACGUUGUUUAUUUAACAUUAUUAAUUAUUAUUAUUUAUUAUUUUUUUAGUGACAUAAAUAUUUCGUAACUUGUUUUUUAUGUUAAAAAUUAUUUUGGUUUCAUCUUAAAUGAGUUCCGAUUCACUAGAUUGGUUAUGGGAAGAUUUUAAUUCCACUUGUCUGGUUGAAGAAAUCGAUGACGAUUCUUUGGAUUCCAUUAACGACGAUAAUUCGUACACUAGUUCCAAUUCUAGCCACAAUAUUGAUUGUACAUUAUUAAUCGGAGAAAAUGAAAUAGAAGAAGAAGAAGAAAGAGAAGAAAGAGGUGAAGGAGAAGAAGGAGGAGAAGGAGAAGAAAGAGGUGAAGAAGAAGAAGAAGAAGAAGAAGAAGUAAAAAAAGAAAAAGAAGAAAAAGAAGUAAAAGAAGAAGAAGAAAAAUUAAACGCACAUAUUGUAGAUGAUACUAAUGAAAGUAUACCAGAAAUCUAUCCAGAAUCGUAUAAGAAAACUUCGAAUAUUGAAAAGCUGAUACUUUUUUGCGCCGAAAAUUUUAUUGAACAGUUUAAAGUGAAAUAUCCAAAUAGACGACCGUUGGUUUUAAUACCACAAAAUGAAUGCGGCGUCGCAAAAUGUGUUUGUACUACAAUCAAACCAUCUCGAUUAGUUUACUCGGAUUUGAUUGAAGUGACCAGUUACAGUCAGUUUGUAGCCAAACACAUAACAUAUAUGAAGUUAGAAAAUCCUCUAGCUUUGCCCAACAAAAUUGUAUCUCCUGCAACGGUAUUAAAAACGCAAACUGCUAAUUGUUUUGAAUUGGCGAUAUUAUUAGUAUCAUUUUUGAUUGGCUGUGGGUACAAUGCUUUUGUUGUUUAUGGAUAUGCCACAGAAAUUGUAUGUAAUAAUAAUUUAAAGAAAAUCAAGAUAGAUAUUCCAAAAGAAUCAACCGAUGAACAAGAAUCAGAUUCUGAGAGUAAAGAAGAUAUUAUAGAUGAUCCUUAUGUCAUAGAACCUAUGAUUGAUUUGUGUAAUGAUUAUGUUAACUAUUUAAUGGAAGAAGAAAAAAAUAAAUUUAUAGUAAACGAUGAAUCAAAAGAGAUAGAAUUUGAUAAUUUUUCCGAUCCACUAUUUGGUAAACGAAUACAUGCAUGGGUCGUGGUUUUGCCGUUGGAAACUGAUGACGAUCAAUAUGAUAUAUCUGAGGUAGUUCCAUAUUUCAUUGAACCUAGUACAGGUGAACGGAAAGAAAUCACUGAUGAAAAUUACACUGGAAUAGAAGUGGUUUGGAAUAAUAAUGAUUAUUGGGUUAAUUUGCAGCCCUUGGAAGGAGGUUGUACGCAAUAUAAUUUUAAUUUAAUGGAUACAAAGAAUUGGGAAAAAUUUUUACCACUUAUACUUAAAAAUGCACAAAGAGGAAAUUUCAAAAAUCUUGAGAUGCCUAAUUCGUGGGUUGCUGCAAUAGAAGUUCCUAUAGAUAAAUAUCUUAUGCUGUAUCCAAACGGUAAAAAAAUUGUGCCAUAUAUGAAUGCAAUCGAAGAGUUUUAUGCUGAUUACGUCAGGCCUAAUGGAUUGAUUAAAAGAACAACUUUUUAUACUGAACCAGAAUAUUUGAAUAAAAUAUUUAUUCAGGAAAUGUAUAAAAAUAGAGUUGACAAAUUGAUAUGUAUUGACACAAAAUAUGACAUCGAAGAAACUGAAACUAUAGAAUAUUUUAGACCCGGCCGAGAUGACUAUUUAAAAAAACAUAAGUUUUAUGGCGAUUGCAACAAUAUAAAGACCAAACGUUUAGUCACAUUUUAUAAUUUGAGGCUUGAUUCAAUGGCUCAAAUUAUAAUUGAUGAAAAUAGUUUCACUAUAACUUACAACGAUAGAUCGGAUUUAUUAUUCUGGCACUUGUGCGUGUUUAUUAAAACGAGAAACAACGAUUCCCAGAAUAUAAACGAUAAGAGGAAACCUAAGUAUGUAGUUGAAAAAUACUUAAGAAAUGAAUCAAAACAUAAAGAUCUAGAUAUUGCCACAAUAACUUUUGAUCUUGAUAGUAAUAGUAUUUAUGUUCAAUAUCAAUAUGGUGAAGGUCAGAUCACACAAUCGAGUAGACUAUUUAAAAAACCAACUUAUAGUUCUAUAAAUAAUGAAAAGUUCAAUCCUAAAUCAGUCACUGAAGAUGUCGUUUAUCCAUAUGUGGGUCUUUUAAAAACUCAUGAAGCAUACAUCAUGUUGCAAGACAUGAUUGAAACCGAAGAAAGAGCACUUAUUAAAGUUUCGAAAUUAGAGGAUAAUGUUAUACAAAUCCUGGAAACCCGUAGUCGAGAACGAUCAGAGUUUAAGUUAAAGAUAAAUUCGUUGGAUUGGGAUCGAAAUCAUAGGAUUAGAAAAUUACUCCAAGAUAAAAAAGAUAAAAAACAUAAGUUGGCUACAAUAAAAGAUACGAUUGCUUUGAGUUUAAGAGACAAAAUCAUAAAACACUUCAGACAAAGUACCAAAAAUCAGUUUAUACGACUUAAAAAUUUGUUUGAAAUGAAAAAAAAUGAGUUACUGCGUUUGACGAAAUCACUAGAAUCCAAUGAUGUGGAACGCAGGGAUAGAAAUUUAAUAUUAUGUUCGACAUUGAAAAACGAAUUAAAUAUAUUGACGUUGAAAUUAAAAAGAUACAAAGAAUCACGUAUAAAAAGAUACAACAAUUUGGCAACAUGCAUAAAUAGUAAUCCUGAUUAUAAAACGUUAUCACCUUUAAAAUUAUUUGUUUAAACGUACCACAACGUUCAUACGAUGUAAUAAAAUAAAUCUGAAGUAUAAAUAAAUAAAAUCA